CAAAACGUAAACUGCGUUCAGACACAGCCUGAUAAAGAAGACCACUGUAUUUGGUCACAUAACCAAAAUAACAGCACACUUCCUACUUGUCAUCAAUUUUCAAUUCAGAUUAGUUUUUGUUGUAGCUCUAUCUCUUUUUUUAGUGUUUAUUUUACUGUAGUGUGAACGAGAAAUAAUAAUUGUGUCCAAUUUGGUAGUGAGUAAUUUAAAAGAUUGCCGAUGUUGUAAGACAUUAGUUCCGUUCGGUGUUUGGGUGAGAUAACGCUUAGUACGAAUAUUUUUAACUUUACGCGCGUUUACGCAAAAUGUCUUUGGAAGACUUCAGUACCCUGAGCGGAGUGUACCCCGUCCUCACUGAUGAGAGACUCAGCAAAGCUCUCUCCGACUGGUUCAAGGAAAAUGUCACCUUUACUCGAUGGGAGUACGUCGGUGAAACGGGCAAAGGCGAUUCUUACUUGAGCGAACUGAUGCGCAUCAAUAUAUUCGGCAAAACUGACUCCGGUGACCCCAAAAAUGUGAAAAUCAUUCUCAAGAGUAUCCCUCGAAGCCUCUCCCGCCGUCUCACCUUCAGAAGCGACGAAUUCUUUAAAAACGAAAUAAAGUUCUACACUGAAGUCCUACCAGCCAUGCUGAAAUUCCAAUCCACAAAAAACUUAUCCGAACCAUUCGAUAACUGUCCUAAAGCCUUCCUAACUUAUAUUGAUGGAGAAAACGACAUCAUUUGUCUCGAAGAUGUUUCUAUUUACAACUUCGGACCAUACGCUGUCAGGCAAGAAGGAAUAGACUACAAACAUUGCAAGCAAACAUACAAAACUAUGGCUAAAUUCCAUGCCCUAUCUUUCGCAAUGAGAGAUCAGCAGCCUGAAGAAUUUAACAGGAUAAGCAACUUAAUAUUUGAAACUUACUAUGAUGAUCGCCUCUGGGAUUGGUACGAGACUUUCUGGAAGCGUCUAUGUGGUAUCGCUAUUGACGCUGUAGAAAAAGAAUAUCCCAACUCCAAAUAUGUUGAAAAGGUAAAGGAAUUCGCUGUUCCAGAGAGAUAUAAGGAGAUGGUGAAGGCAGUAAGAGACCGCACAAAUGGAGUCAUCGGCCACGGAGAUUCCUGGACUAACAAUUUCUUAUACAAAUAUAUGAAUGGACGGCCCGUAGACGCUAUGAUGAUAGAUUUCCAGCUCACAAGAUGCGCUUCUCCUGUUUUGGAUACAUCUUUUGUUAUAUACGGUUGUACUACAGAAGAUAUGCGGGAGAAACACUAUGACGAACUAUUGAAGUAUUAUUACGAGGUCCUUUCGAACCAGAUACGUGCGUAUGGAAGUGAUCCUGACAAGGUUUAUUCAUGGGACAUUUAUAUGGAGGAAGUGAAGAAGUACUCGUUCUUCGGUCUGGCGUUCAGUUUUGAAUCUACACCGCAUAUCGUACUGCCACCGGAAGAAGCGUGUGACAUGAACAUGGAGGGUGACAAAAAGCGCAACAUCGACGAGAUUUGGCCGAUGACCCCAUUUAAGACUAAGGAGGGACGGCAGCGUGAGGCCAACAACGUCAAGCACUGCGUCGACCACGGCUACAUAUAAACUAGGUUUAUAAACGCCAGACCUACUGCGAAAUCAAUUUUAUGUCUUUCUAUCGCUCUUCUUCUUUUCUUCGAUUAUUGACACAUUACUCCAGCUUUAAGUUAAAAAAAUUGCAAUAAAAUCCGAUUUUAGUUUUUCGCAGUAAGUAGGCCCUUAAAAGUCGCAGCUGAGAUGAUUAAUCUCUAAAACAAUCAGGAUGACGUUACUAAUGCAAAAAGUGAUGUUUUAUCAGCAAUUCCCGUUAAGUUUGUACAUUUGGAUCACGUCUCCGAUUUGGAUAAAAAUUGGUAGGCUGAUAGAGUCCAUGAUGCUGAGAUGCUGAGGUUUCCCAAAAUGUCCUAGGUUGAUUGUAAGAAACUUUCCUUUUUUGUUACCGACAUGUAAGAAACCUGGUAACAAAAAAGGAAGUCUUAAGUCGUAGGUAUAACACAAUUAUGUACAUAAUUAAGAAUGUAUAUAAUACUUAUGUAUAUAAUCGUGUUUAAGUACCAUUGAAUAAAUUGUUGAAUCUGAAUCUUGGUUUGCGUUUUUUUUCAAAGGAUUUUAACUCGUUUCUGAGUAGUAAAGAACUAAGAUCCAAAAUAUUUUCUAGUGAAAUAUUCCGCUCAACUACCUCGGGUGUUAUUAGUUGAUAUUUUUAAUAUUAUUUAUUGUUUACCGUGUGACAUUCUUAGUGAAUACUUAGCAAAUUGUACCACAUUGUCGCUUUCCAUAGGGACGAAAUUUGCUCGUACCUAACUUCUACUAUAACUAGUUAAUGGCCUUUUUUUUUCAACGUUGUCCACCCCACUUUUUUUGUAAUGUGGGUAUUUUUACGCGAUUAAUACUCAGAAUCACGAGGUCUUUCGAUCCUGAUCGGGGAAAAAAAUGACCCAAGAUUUCCAUACUUUUUUCGAACCUUACAAAAUGUAGGUAUGAAAAAAUGGUAACGGAACGGGAAA